AUGCCCCUGUUCGACAACCGGCACAUGAUGAAGGUCCACAUUGUGCAAAUCAUUGUGAUUCACAUCGUCAUGGGACUUUCGGGCGCAAGAAUAUUCCUCAAGGGCGGCCCAGUUACUCGCACGAACACCAUGUCGUUGGGUAUAUCCGUGAAAUCAAUGGUCUUCAUCAUCUACCAAAUCGCAACGCAGCACUGGGCCCGAGGCCGGGGCUGGGCUUCCCUGAAAGCCAACGCCAUCCUCAACGGCCUCGAGCCAGUCUUUUGGGGCGCCGUCGUCUUCAUGUCCAUCCAGGGUAACAUUCAGCGUUGCAUUGGAACUAGCUGCAUUCUCAGCUGGGUGAUUGUAGGAUGCGGUAUCUUCCUCAACCUCCUGGCCGCAUACACCGCCGUUGUUUCCUUCACCGACUUCCGAUACUUCCGCCGCACCAGCACGACCCGUGGUGUCUCUGUCGACCGCAAGGCGCCGAUGCACACCGAGGAGAUCACUUCGACUGGCUCGGUUGAAGACCAGGAAAUGGGACAGCCGAGAAGAAAGGUCGAGAGGAUGUAG